GUGGUAUUGAUGUUGUUGCGUGUGGUGUUUUUUUUCGUUGUUGAAAAAUUAAUGUUAGCGAGUUUCAUAAAAUCACCAGAUUUAUUUUUUUCUGAAACAAAAAACUGAACUUUAAAUUUUUCUAAUCAUUUUAUCAAAAAUAUUCUUGCAAGAUGAGCGAUUGGGAUAAAGUGACCGUAUUAAAUAAACGUCCAGCACGUGCAUCCGAUCUUCGUAGUAAACAAGCGGUGAAUAAUGCUAUGAAAUCAGGUGUACCGAUUGAAACGACAAAAAAAUUCAAUGCAGCCACAAAUAAACAUGCCGGACCAAGUGUUAAUGCUGUGAAACUUGAUCAAGAAACUGAAGAUUUUCAUCAUAAUCAUGUAUCGAUGGAUGUAUCAAAAUUGAUUUCGGUACAGCGUCAAAAAAUUGGUAUGACACAAAAAGAAUUGGCAACAAAAAUUUGUGAAAAGCCACAAGUUGUUAAUGAAUAUGAAGCUGGUAAAGCAAUACCGAAUCAACAGAUUUUGGCUAAAAUGGAACGUGCAUUAGGCGUUAAACUUCGUGGUAAAGAUAAGGGCCAGCCAUUAGUACCAAAAACUAUGGCCAAUGUAUCCAAUGAUAACAUACGUCUACGUAUUAAGACUAAAAAUGGUCAAUUCAAUAUCGAUACAUUACAUACAUCAUCAACAAUUGGUGAAUUAAAAUCCAUAAUAUGGAGUGUAACCGAUAUGCAUCCAGAUAAUUGUAAAUUAAUGAUCGGUUAUCCACCACAGGAAAUUUUUCUGGUCGAUGAUGAACAAUUAAUCAAAGAUAUAAUACCGAAUCGUCGUGAAACAUUGAUAAUGAAUGAAAUUGUUGGUCAAUCAAAUAAAUCUAAUCUUACAGAUGUAAAACCAAUUACCAACGUUGAAAAAUUCGAUUCCCGGAACCAACAACUAAUACGUCGAAUGGAUCGUAUCGAAGUGCCUGCCAACAAUUCUUGUCUAUUUGUUAGUGUACAUUUUUGUUUAACCGGAGAGAUACAAGAAAAAUGUCCACAAUUACGUAAUCUUAUUGCUGAAACGGUACAAUCCGAUCCAAUUACAUAUAAUGAAGGAUUUCUAGGUAAACCAAACAAUGUAUAUCAAAAAUGGAUACGUAAUGAAGAUCAUUGGGGUGGUGGUAUUGAACUUGCAAUAUUAUCAUCAUAUUAUGAAAUUGAAAUCGUUGCUGUUGAUACCCAGAAUGAACGUCUUAAUCGUUUUGGUGAAGAUAAAAAUUAUCCAAGACGUAUAUUUUUAAUAUUUGAUGGUAUACAUUAUGAUCCAUUAGUGGUACAUUCAAAUGAUAUGGAUAAUCCAUUACAGACAAAUUUUUCAUCAGAUGAUAUUAUUGUCAUUGAAAUGGCAUUAGAUGUUGCACGUAAAGCUAAAGCUAAACAUCAAUAUACUGAUCUAAAUCGAAUGUAUCUUAAAUGUAAUCAAUGUAAUAGGCUAUUUGAUCAGAAUCAAGCCAGACAACAUGCAUCCACUACUGGACAUGUAAAUUUUAGUGAAUUGAAUGAAAAAAAAUGAUUUGAUUUGAUCAAAAUUGAUUUUUUUUUAAUUAUUCAAAAAAAUUA